AUGGCCCCCAGGAAAGUGGCCAGAAAGACCACUCAACCAGUCAAAACGUCGCCUAAAACGGCCACCAAAGCCAAGGCUGGUAGGCCGAAAAAGGCUGCCAAGGUGAAUGGUCCGAGUGAUUCUCAGAUUGCUCAGAACGGUUCAGCUUCGCAAGUGGGUGAGGCAUCUGAAGUGGAACGAAUGGACGACGCAGUGGAAGAUCAGCCGCGAGAGCAAGAGGCAGUCGAGGAGAAAGAGGUCAAGAAACGGGCAGUUCGGGCUGUGAACGAAUCAGGAACUGCGCCGUCAAGGCGGGCUGCAAGGAGUCAAAAAGCUACCGCAGCAACCUCGUCUGCAACCACAACCACAGCCAACAAAUCGAAUGCAGUUUCGACGAAUGAUGUUACUGCGGCUUCACCGAAUGAUGACGGAGAUGCUGGCACAACCACUGCGAAGCAAGAGCCGGAGACCAAAAAGGUGGGACGAGGCCGGAAACGGAAAGUUGAGCCCGUGGCUGAGACGGUCGAAGAAGUACCACCGACCAAAAGCGAACGAGUGGGCAAUAGUGUCAUUAGAAAAGCUGCCACUGCAGCCACAGCUGCGAAGGAUGGAAAUGUUUUAGCUCAGAAGGCACCUGUAAGAAGGGGGCGUAAAAAGUUUCGAUUGUUCAUUGAAAGCUUUCUACCGAAAGAAUUGGGCGACCGGGUGCUAAGUUGUGGCGAAGGCGAGCAAUUGGGUCAUCCUGGACGUACAACGACCAAGAAACCGAGAGCGAUAGACACGCUUCCAGUUGAUAAGAAGAUUGUUCAGGUAGUAGCAGGUGGAGUGCAUUCAUUGGUACUAUUAGAAGAUGGGACGGUGUAUUCAUGUGGAAUCAACGAAAAGGGUACAGUUCCAGCAGAAGGCGUUGAAGCCGAAGGUUCAACUGAUCGUUUGACGCGGAUCGAUUUCAGCGAUGAGAUUCGACGUUUAGGAAAGUUGAUUAUGUUAACGGCAGGUGCAAGUUUCUCGGCUGGACUUACUGAUAAAGGAAGUGUGAUUGCGUGGGGCAAUAUUAGGGACAGCUCGGGAUGUAUUGAAUCACAUGCAUUGCUGCGUGAAAUGGAGAUUCAUCCAGUGGUAAUUGUUCGCAAUCGAUACAGAGUGAUCGUUAAGAUUGCGGCAGGAGAGAAUCAUUUGGUAAUGCUGUCCGACAGUGGUGAGCUGCUGACAUUUGGUGAUGGAUCAAUGGGACAGUUGGGCCGAAUGGGGCGUUGUGCGCAUAUUCGCGCUCAGCAAAUGGUUGAUGAGAGUGGCGAUCUGCUGAAAGUGAGCGUACUGGAUAAGGGAAAGCAUCAGUUGGUGCUAUUUGAUGACAUUAUGGCCGGAGGUUAUUGGACAGCAGCGAAAAGCCAUGCAGAUGGGAGAAUUUUCGUUUGUGGACUGAAUAAUUUCGGACAUCUCGGCAUAGAACCACCAAAAGUGGAGCAGGAUGCAGAAGCUAAACCAGGUGAUAGUGGUCCGGAGUUGAGAAUCAUGCGACCAGUUGUGUCACCUGCGUAUCGUGACCGUAACAUCGUUCAAUUGUGUGGUGUACAGCACGUGAUUGCACUGGAUGAGAAGGGUAAUCUGUAUGGAAUUGGGAAGAACACUGAUAACGCAUUGGGACUUGGAACGUGGACUGGGAAUGAUGACACGGAACAUUGGAGAUACACACACUUGGAGAAAAUUGAUUUACCGGGAAAAGCCGAUGGGAUUGCGGCGAAAUUGGGAUGUUCAGUAGCGUGGACUCAAGAGGGAAUUGGCUACUCAUGGGGAUGUGAUACCAGCGGCCAAUUGGGCCUCGGUAUAAAGGAUGACGACGACGAUAAGGUGAUCCCGAAGCCGAAACAGAUCACAUCAGCUCAUCUGGAUGGAUAUCGUAUCAUAGGCGCAUCAAUGGCCGAUAAUCACGCAAUGUUUUUGGCUGCAAAAGUCAAAUAA